GAACACCUCAACCAAAACCUAGCCAGCUGAGCUGAGCUAAACCCUCUCGGAAAAUAUCUCGCCGUCGUUGAGCUAGCUACCUGAGUACGUAUCUCCAUCCAUGGAGGCAGCGGCGCCUGCGCUGACGACGACCACCCGCGGCGGCGGCAGCUGCUUCGCUCCCGGUCGGAGGACGACGGCGGCAGCGGCGGCGGAUUUUGGGGCGGCAAGGGUGCUCCCGGGCCGGCGCCUGCGAGCGCUGCCGCCGGAGCUGAGCGAGAUCCUGAGCCCCAAGCUGGUCCCCGGCUCGCCGGCCUACACCGGCGACACCUCCUCCCUCAUCCCAAUCAGUGCUGUCAUGCUGCUCUUCUACUUCGUGUCCAACUGGGUGGUGCCUGAGUUCAUCAUGAAGGGGUUGCAGGAGCCGAAUAAACCUGAAGAAGAUGAAGCUACCGCUGCACCGGCAGCAGCCAUGUCCGGCACCGCCGAUGGCCAACCUGAAACUAAAACCAGAGUCAAGGUGAAGAAGACAAAGAAGAACAAAAAGGCUGCCAUCAAGUUGUAGUACAUACAAAUAUAUAUGCAUCAAUUAUUGUUAAUAUCCUAUUGCUCCCCUCAUGAUGAUAAUAGCAUCAUCAUGAUCAGUCAAACAUCAUACCCAGAGUGCUAAUUAUAAUCGAAAGAGAAGAUCAAUUCUCCAUCAGAGGGGGCAUGCUGUCUUAAUUAAGAUAGAUGUAAUCAUGUUCUGGAUCUGUGAACACCUCAAAUGAAAGAUGAUUAUCAUUCCAUUGCAUCUGUGCUUAUUAGCCAA